AAGGUCCCUGCAAACCCUAGCCUCACAACCGACAUCUAUCAAAUCUUGGAACGAACGAAACGAUGUCGUACGACGACGUGGAGAUCGAAGACAUGGAGUGGAACGAGGAGCUGAAGGCGUACACAUACCCCUGCCCUUGUGGAGACCUGUUUCAGAUCACAAAAGAUGAGUUGAAGAUCGGUGAAGAGAUCGCUCGGUGCCCUAGCUGCUCUCUAUACAUCACCGUUAUAUACAAUAUGGAAGAUUUUAUUGAUCAGAAAUCGAAGACGAAAGUCGAACCGGCUAAGCAACAGCCUGUAGCGGUUGCUUGAAUCAGAUUCAGGUGGCUAAGUUUUGUAUUAUUGAUUACAGCUGUUAAACAGAGUUUGAUUAAAUUGGAUUGGAUUUGGGAGUUUUUAAUUUAAUUGUACGAGUCUGUGUGUCUGGCUGGCUGGCUUGUGCGAAUUUGAUUUUGAAUAAA